CAGAAACCACGCUCGCAAUCGCAGUCUCCACCACCAACUCAUUUCAAAAUCAAGAGGAAAAAAAAAAAAAAAAAAAGUGAACUUUAACAAGCCAACACCGUUUGUCUUGGUGCCGUCAUUUUCUUCAAUUUCCUUUCCUUCUGAUUCUUCCCUCUGAGAUAGAUUGAGAUCGCUUUCAAUGGCUCACCGACCACAGACUUCCAUCCAUUCUGCCGUUUUGGACGAUAUUAUCAGUCGUUUAUUGGAUUUUAGGCAAACAAGAGCAGCCAAACAGCAGCAGGUUCAGCUUACUGAGAAUGAGAUCCGCCAACUCUGUACUGUCUCUAGAGAAAUCUUUCUUCAACAGCCCAAUCUUCUCGAACUCGAAGCCCCCCUCAAGAUCUGUGGUGACAUCCAUGGGCAAUAUUCUGAUCUUUUGAGACUUUUUGAAUAUGGGGGUUUUCCUCCUAGUGCUAACUAUUUAUUCCUAGGCGAUUAUGUAGAUCGUGGCAAGCAGAGUUUGGAAACAAUAUGCCUUUUGCUUGCCUACAAAAUCAAGUACCCUGAGAACUUCUUUCUUUUAAGAGGAAAUCAUGAGUCUGCAUCUAUUAAUCGAAUUUAUGGAUUUUAUGAUGAAUGUAAACGCCGGUUCAAUGUGAGACUUUGGAAAACCUUUACUGAUUGCUUUAACUGUCUUCCUGUUGCUGCUCUUAUAGAUGACAAAAUAUUGUGUAUGCAUGGAGGGCUUUCCCCUGAUUUAACAAGUUUGGAUCAAAUUAGGAACUUACCCCGUCCAACCGAUGUUCCAGAUUCCGGUUUGCUUUGUGAUUUACUUUGGUCUGAUCCUAGUAGGGAUGUUAAAGGCUGGGGAAUGAAUGACAGAGGAGUCUCAUACACCUUCGGGUCAGAUAAAGUGUCAGAAUUCUUAAUGAAUAAUGAUAUGGAUCUUGUCUGUCGUGCCCAUCAGGUUGUUGAGGAUGGAUAUGAAUUCUUUGCGGACAGGCAGCUUGUUACAAUUUUUUCUGCUCCCAACUAUUGUGGUGAAUUUGAUAAUGCUGGUGCAAUGAUGAGUGUUGAUGAAACCUUAAUGUGCUCUUUCCAAAUACUUAAAUCUGCAGAUAGAAAGCCCAAAUUCAUGUGAAAAGGACAUGUUCUGUUCUUAUUCCCGCUUACAAAUAGCUAACAUAAGUUUUAUGCUAUGGAUGUUCUUUUUAAUUUCUGAAACUUAAAAGGGCAUCCUUUUCUAUGUAACAACAUAGAUAACCUCUUCCAUGCAUUAGCCAUUAGGAUCGUUGCUGACCUUAUAUCUUUUGCUUGUUUUCGCUUCUUUAUUUGUUGUAUUGCUCAAUAUUCCACUUUCUUUUCUUUGAGGCUAUUAAUGAAAUGCAUUUGAAUGAAUAUUUAUUUUGAA